AUUUCAUUUGAUUAGGUACUUAGCUGCCAUCUGCAGUAAGUGCAUCGAAUCGAUUAUUAUAACCGUUUUUUAUCCCCCAUUCAAAAUUCUCGAAAUAGGUGUAUAUAAUCGAUUUUAAAGUGGUAAGGCAGUGGUCUUUUGUGCGUAUCUCAUUAAUUAAUUAAUUAAUUAUUUAAUUACACACCUUCCCUUUGAAUAUCUCAAGAUAUUCGCAUUUUGAAAAGAAAAUAUGGAGUCUGCCAUCGUACAUCUUGAACAAAGCGUCCAAAAGGCUGAUGGAAAAUUAGAUAUGAUUGCUUGGCAAAUAGAUGCCUUUGAGAAAGAAUUUGAAGAUCCAGAUAAUGAGAUAUCGGUAGUUCGCUUGUUACGUUCUGUCCAUCAAGUUACUAAAGAUUAUCAAAACCUUCGUCAAGAAAUUUCCGAGGUUCAACAGUUGCAAAAACAACUUUCCGAUUCGCUUAAGGCUCAACUAUCUCAAGUACACGGUAAUUUCAAUUUACUUCGUAAUAAAUUAGUAGGACAGAAGACUCCUCAGUUAAAGUAAGAGGUAAACAUUCCUAAAUCAUAACUUUUUAUUUAUUAUUUUUCAACUUGUCUUAUUUAAAAGGAUAAAAGUGAUACAAACUACUAAUUUACAUAUCACUUUUAUUCUCAACGUGUUUUCCCCUAUAUGAGAAUAUACAAGUCUCUACUUAAAUCUACUUAAAUCUACUUAAAUCUCAAUCAUUGUUUUACGAAUAAGAUGGGAUCAAGUGUUUUAUUGACAAAUAAAUCAUGAAAUAUGUGCCAUUAAUGAAUGGCGCUGGGGCCAAUCUAUUUGCUCGUGCAUUCAACUUUGAAAAAGAAGGUCUUUAAUGAAAUAUUAAUC